GGGAACAAAGCCACGACCGGGCCCUUUGCCCCCAUAGUGCGCAUCGUCAGAGACAGGCUGGGAACCAAAAAAUUUAACCAGCUCCGUGGCAAGGCCAUCUCUCUCCAUUCGCAAGUCAUCAAGGGUUUCUGUCAAAAGAUUGGAGUGAGCAAUUCUCAAAGUCAAGGCCUGAUCCGCCUAGCAAAGAAAAACGGAGAGAAGCUUGGUUUCCUGGCUUAA